UUGAACAGAAAAUAAGGUUUUUUAAGUUUUUAUUCAAGUAUUCAAAUAGAAAUUCUAACUGCAUUCCAGGCCAUAAAUAAUAAGUAAGUCAUCUUUAUAAGGCAGACAUGAAAUGAAAUGAUUAACAAAUGUGCUAAAGCUUUCUGAUGCUUGAUAAUGCAUGCAAAGGAUGAACACUGACCAAAUAUUCAAUUAUUCUCCCCUCCCUUGUCAAAUUUCCAUCUGUUGAACUUAAAAGGUUCUUUUCCUGUGUCAGUUUGAUCUAUUUACUUACAAAUCUUCCUGCCUAAGUGUGUAUAGCUCUAGCAUGAAAGGUCCUAAACUGAUGUCGUCACGGCAACAUUCCUACGAUAUUGACGUUAAUGAAUUACACGAUGAUCGCAAUGCAUCAUGGGAUAUUUUUAAACAGACGCCUGACUCGGUGAAGAAGAAGGAAGUUUAAGACUAUUUUCGCUAGAUAACCGACUGUCAGAAGAAACAGAGUCUUUUACCCUGGCAAGAAUGGCUGCAAAGUUAUCUGAAGAGCUUGGUGAACAGGUCACGUGUCCAAUCUGUUUGGAACACUACUCGGACCCACGCCUUCUCCCCUGUCUACAUACUUACUGCAGACAGUGCUUACAAGAUCUCCUGGCUAAAGGAGAUAGAAAGGAUGCUGUUGUCUGUCCAGAAUGUCGAGAGGAAGUCCAGAUAAUAUCUGGUGAUGUUACAAAGCUCAGAGUCAACUUCUGGAUCAACAAUCUUCUGUCACUUCUGGCCAUCCACUCGACUGAUGAAAAAGAUGGCGGCAAAACUGAGUUGACGUGCGAAAACUGUGACAUGAAAGAGAAAGGUACUCGUAGAUGUGCCAACUGUUGCAUGUUCCUGUGUGACUUUUGUUCAACGGCUCAUCAGCGUUCCCUAGCAACCAAAGACCAUCAGCUGAUGACACUUGAUGAGAUAAAGAACACAGGUAUCCCAGUCAUAGAAAAACAACUGUUUUGUGGGAAGCACAARGGAGAAAUCAAGAAGCUUUUCUGCAAUACUUGCCAAGAAUUGAUUUGCCGUGAUUGUACCAUUAUUGACCAUCGUGAUCAUCAGUUCAGCUUCGUUGAAGACGUCGCUGAUCAACACAAACAACUCUUUAAAACAGAAGUAGAAAGAGCAAGCGUUACCAAGAAGAAGAUCGAGRCAGUUUUGAAGUCAGUCCAGACUAUGAAAGAAAAAGUAGAGAAAACAUCAAAAGCCACUGAAAAAGACGUCGAUGAUUUUAUUGAUCAACAGAUCAAAGCCUUGGAAGAAAAACGAAUUGUGCUUAAACAAGAAACAAAGAAGAUUGUUGCCACAAAGAUGAAAGAACUUGCAGCUCAAGAAGAUGGUCUUACAAUGCACCUGACUGGCUUGAAAAGCGCCAUUUAUUUCACAGAGAAAGUAGUGAAAAGUGGUGGUAACAGCGAUAUCCUGUCAGUGUCAAAAGAAGUGACUUCUCGUUUGUCCCAACUUUGUGAAAGACAGUUCAACGAAAAUCCACGACAGCAAUAUACAAUGGGCCUUCAGUCUGAUGAACAGAUAUUCAGGGAAUGGAAAGAUCAGCAUGUUAGUGUUGUGGAUGCUUGUAUACCUGAUCCUAAGCAGUGCUUAGUCACGCAAUCAAUAAAUGGCCGUUUUGUGCCGAAUCAGGGCCCCAUCAAAGCUACACAAGGCCAGAUUCUGAAGUUCGUUAUUUGUGUAAGCAAUGUGUUUGGGGAUAAACUUAGAUUCAUGGAAGACAGGAUUGAAGUGAUGGUGUUUCACAGUCCGAAUCAAACCUCGGGGUUCCAAUUCGGUUCUGGUACAGGCGGUUUAUUUGGCGCAAUGUCGAAUCCAUCCAGUACUCCCUCGUUUUGCACCACUGGUUCAGCACGAUCAGGAUCAAAUAAUAUAACUACUCAGAUACGAGAUAUACAGUGCCAUGAAGACAACACUUACAGUUUUGAUUUUUGCUUUGAUCGUGGUAUGUCACAAGCAGAAAUCAAUGUCAAAGUCGACGGAAUACAAAUUCAAGGAUGUCCUUUUCGAAUUACGUACGGAACCGGACCGGGAGUAGGCCUUGGAUUCGGCCCAACAAAAAUGGCAGGGAGUACUUACGGCUUCUGAAAAGCAAGGAUUAGCAAUCGAGAUUUUUAGUUUAUAAAAUUCCAAUAAAUGUUAGUAAUUAGCUUUUUUUAGAAACUAAAAAAAACUUGUACGAUUUUCGUUUAACCAACUAAUUUAGGGUAGGAGAAACGCUUGUAUCAAUGAUGGCAAUAUCAACGACUUUUUUAGAGUACUAAUAACAUACAGUGACUGGGCGCAAUUAAUUUUGGUUUAGAAACACACGGUCAAAAAGUGGACUAAAGUGGUUGAGUCAUUCUCAUACACAGGAACCCCCUCAUUUCCAAAAUCGGAGGUUCUGGAAAACCCUGAAAUUAUAUCGAAUUUCAUUGGCUUAUGAAAACAACAUAGCAAUGAACUCUGAUUGGAUAACAGGAUAAACAAACAUACCAACGGAAAUCGAGCAAGGAAAAUCAACAAGAACUGUUAAAUUUCUUCGAAUCUUAAAUCAAAUAUUAUUUCCAUUUGUUGAAUAUAUAAACUCUUGCAAAUAGAAGACGUAAACAAGCCGUUAGAAAGGUUGAGCUGGUAUUUCAGAGUUAGCGAUCGUGAAGUCGAGCAUGCGUUCUAAUGACCUGGUCGCAAGAUUCUGGCUUCCGGUCAGUAGGCGGGUUUCCCAUGGCCCAGAGCCUACGUUUUGGCUAAUGAGUAGGGUCUGGGAACGAGAAUGACGCUGAGUAAGAUUUUCGUAAACGAGGAAAAACGAGGAGGCUCUGUGUACGAGAAUAGAGUGACCUGUAUUCUUAUCUCUAAAGAUUUGCUUGCUUCAAUUUUUGUCACAUCUUAAAACUCGCUGCAGUCAGACUUUGUUCAGRACAUAAACUGUAAGUACUAAACAUGAUAAAUCCACUUUUUAGCUGGUAUUAAUAUUAUUUUAGAUAGUUUUGAUGAAUAUUUUAGAAAGCCAUUUUAAAAGCAGAAGCCAGUGACAGAAGCUUAAGUUUUAUAUAUUAACAGGCUGUACGUAGUGAAUUGUAUGGUAAGACUAGCAAUAAAGGUUCAUUCUUGGAUUAGUAA